AUGAAAGUGUUACUCAGGCUUGUUUGUUUCAUAGCUCUACUGAUUUCUUCUCUGGAAGCUGGUAAAUGUGAGGAACGUAAAGAAGAAAUAAUUUUAGUUUCUUCUGCAUAUGAAAUUGGAGUUCGUGUAUGUCCUCUUUACACAAAUGAAAACAAAGGCACUAUAAAUUGGUAUAAAAAAGACAGCAACACAUCUAUAUCUAUGGAAAGGGGCUCCAGGAUCCAUCAGUACAGAGAUAAGCUGUGGUUUGUUCCAGCUAAGGUCGAGGACUCAGGACAGUACUAUUGCACCGUGAGCAAUUCAACUUACUGCCUCAAGAUUGAACUAACUGCAAAGUUUGUACAACAUGAACCUGACUUGUGUUACAGUGCACAAGCCAUAUACAAACAGAAACUCAUCAUUGCAGGAAAUGGACAACUUGUGUGUCCUUAUUUGGAUUAUUUUAAGGAUGAACAUAAUAAGUUACCCAAAAUAGAGUGGGAUAAGGAUUGCAAACCUCUACUUCUUGACAAAGAAAACUUCAUUGGAGAAUCAAACAAGCUCAUCAUCACGAACGUGACUGAAGCGCACAAAGGGAACUACACGUGCCGUUUGUCCUACGUGCUCCUGGGAAAGCGCUACCGCGUCACGCGGGUGAUCCAGCUCCUCACUCUCGAAAAGGAGAGGCCCCAGAGCCCUGAGAUCGUGAGUCCGCUGAACGAGACGAUGGAAGUGGCCCCGGGAUCCCAGCUACAGUUGGUGUGCAAUGUCACCAGCCAUUACAUUAGCUCUGUCUACUGGAAGUGGAAAGGGUUGCAAAUUGAUGAUGAAGACCCAGUGCUGGCGGAAGACUACAUACAAGUGGAAAAUCCUUCACCCAAAAACGUGAAUGCAGUCAUCCUAAUGCUUAAUAUUUCAAAAGUGAAAAGUGAAUUUUAUCUAUAUCCAUUUACCUGCAUAGCCAGGAAUAAAUAUGGCAUAAAUUCAGCAUAUGUCCAAUUCAUACACCCAGUUCCCAAUUUCCAGAAGCUCAUAAUUGGCACAUUUGUCAUGUUAACAGUAGUGAUUACAAGCGUUGUUUUCAUCUAUAAAAUCUUCAAGGUUGAUAUUGUACUUUGGUACAGGGAUUCUUGCUAUGAUUUUUUCCCGAAAAAAGCUUCAGACGGAAAGACCUACGAUGCGUACAUCCUGUAUCCGAAGACUCUUGGGGAUGGGGCCACCUCUCACUCGGAUGCUUUUGUGUUUAGGAUCUUGCCUGAGGUCUUAGAAAAACAGUGUGGCUACAAGCUGUUCAUUUACGGAAGGGAUGACUACCCUGGGGAAGACAUUGCUGAGGUCACGAAUGAAAACAUAAGGAAGAGCAGAAGGCUCAUUAUUGUUUUGGUCCGAGAAACAUCGGGAUUCAGCUGGCUGGGGAGUUCGUCCGAAGAGCAAAUCGGGCUGUACAACGCCCUCGUUCAUGAUGGGAUCAAGGUCAUCCUGCUGGAGCUGGAGAAGAUCCAGGACUACGAGAAAAUGCCCGAGUCCAUCCAGUUCCUCAGGCGGAAGCAGGGGGCCAUCCGCUGGUCCGGGGACUGGACGGCGGGGAGGCCCCAGUCCGCAAAGACAAGGUUCUGGAAGCAGGUCCGGUACCACAUGCCGGCGCAGCAGCCCCUGCGUCCCCGCACAGGCCGGCCCCAGGGAGAGCCCGCGGCGCCGGGCUGGCCGGUGCCUUGCUGA